AAAACAUGACCUCAAGUCGGAAGAUAUUUUCAGCAUUCGUAGGAAUUUUUACGUUAACGUUUGCGAAACUUUGGAUGAGCAAGAGCAAGCUAUCGUUUUGCUGAGAGUUGUUGGUCAGCGUCAGGUACCGACAGAAUCAACAAAUGAGUCCAAGAUAAUAUUGGAAGCGAAAGAUGGGCCAUCUGAACAAAACUGAAAGAAAGUCGUCCAUGCAGUGACGGUUCUCAUUCUUCAGAUGCUGGAAAAGGAGGGAGAAUGAAGAGGACGUGGCCCCCUACUAAUUCAACAGCCCGGGUGGAAGUCGUUUUUCGUCAGCGGCGCGUACUCAUUUUUCUCUCGCAUGUUAUACAACUCCAUCCGCUUUUACUAGCCGUGGUCGGCGCUCUUCCGUCCCCAUGGAGCCAGGACUAUUUGUGCAACUCAGAAAUCUUCCUGGCACAGAAAGCAGAACAGGUCAGCCACGCGAGUUCUUUCUUAUGCCGCAGCCAUAGCGUAGCAUCGGCUUCUGCCGAGCCAGGUUCUCGACGAGCAGCCGCUGCUACCGGCCGCACGCACUACAAAUCGGGUGAGGCUCUGCUUCUGGGCAAGUAUAAAGAAUUUCUACGCGCCAUCGGAGGUGACGAAGGGGGGGUGGUGAAAUUGAGGAGAGCAGGCGGAGCUACAAGUACAACCUCUGCAGGCAAAGUCGAACCACGAGCGGCGUGCCCUUUGUUGUUCUCGGGUGUUGCGCCUGAUGAUGUUUAUUCUGGUAGUUUUUCCCCUACGCAACAAGAACGCCCGGUCAACGAACACGACGUCGACUCCACUUCUAUAACUACACCUCCGGGUCCGGAGGAAGCGCCCCCGCCGCGCAGCAAGACGAAGCGGCCAAUUUUGGAGGCCCUGGAGAGGAUAUGUUUGGAGCAAGCGAAAGUGGCAUCCGUCGCGUUUCUGCGGGAGCAUGCACUCUGGGAGCGGAACUCGCUCAGUCUGAAAAGCAACGUGUUUGGAGGAUACAAUUACAAGAACUCUCAACGCAAUGAUCGCUCAGGAGCUCCUACUCUGCCAAAUUAUGAUUCUGCGGGUACUAUUCCUUUAUUCAGCAGAGGUGGCGAGCAGACUGUGACUGACCGACCUGGUCGUAAUAUGAUGGAGCACGAGGAGCAGGAUGUCUCGUUUUAUAAUUCCCCACUGCAGCUGCAUCGCGCCUACGAUACCGUUCUCAAGUGGAUCGAGUACGACGUGGAGCCGUGGCUCGGAGAGCUUUUUUUCGGAGGGGGUGCUGCGCCAGGAAGUUGUUUUGGUUGUGACGAAGGAACUGGACUAAACGGAAAAAUGGAGGAAGCAGAAGCUGCGCGUCAGGAUGAAGGUACUGGAAUUCUUCCGACGCCACAAGGAGGUGAGGCAGAAGCUCCUACUCCGAAUAAGAGAGCCCCCCGCGGCGCUGGUCCAUCGUCCCUCCUGAUUCAGAAACUGGCAACUCGGUCCCGGAUUUACCGUUCGGAGUACCUCAAUUUCGGAAUCCCGAGGACAUUUUCGGAGGCUAUGCGUGUACAAUUUCAACAACUACAGAAUCAUGUGGAGAGCGAAGUCGCAGCGCAAGACCCGGAUGAGGGUGUUGAUUUCAGACGCCUAGUCUGGAAUGUUGUGAAGAAAAACGCGGUAUCAACCGCAAAUAUGUCUGAGCCCUCUGGAACUCCACCUCUGCAUCUUGACACGCCAAAUCUGAAUCAUGCAAAAGUAUGAUGUGUUGCGUGAUUACCAAAAGCUGUCCACUUCUUCUUUCGACCAGCAAGUUGGGAGAGAGUUUCUGAUGCAGCAUAGGCAGGAUAGCGAUAGAGAUCAUAUCUGUCGCGCUAGGUCCUGCAUUCCAGACUUCAUGAGCCAUGUUUGAAAACCUGCAUGACAAAUCUUGCAUGGCAUUUCGAUGUCCGCCUGACCCACCUUCCCUGCGUGACAGCCAUCUGCGGCCGUUUACACAGGGGGAGGCAAAGUGUGUCGCACUUCGGUUUAGCAUGACAAAUCUUGCAUCAUGCUUCCAGACAUCCAGGGGUGUUUGCAAUGCAUUCGCUGCAGAGCUGAACGCAAUGCUGGUCGAGGCGCGCGAAUUUUUGUACAACUACAACGAGGCACAACAUCUUCACUUGCAUCAAGAAGACCUUCUUGUUGUUGGUAAAGAACAAGGCCGACAGCGAGGACCAGAAGUUUUUUCAACGCAGUCCACCACUCCUCCUGCAGCUCCCGGCGCUCGACCGCAAACUACCCUGAAAAACCUGCACGACCCUCCACCACGACCGAAACGAAGACGCUCGCCCAUUUUUAGGAAUGAGGCUGCGUUUGUGACGCGGUAUCGUGUGUUGGGCCGAGACAAAAUCGACGAGUACGUUCGCCGGGGUUGUUCGGCUUGUGCGGAUUCUGGGACCACAAGCAGAAUUAUGGGUCGAGCACGGCAUCGAGCUGAUGAGGAGUGCAGGUUGCUGAAAGAGGCUCUGGACUAUGAAUGCACAUUUGGAGGUGGUUGCCCUGGUGGUCUCGAUGCGCAGUAUGAUGAUGAAUUACGGCCGCGCUCCGGUUCUGGGUCUGCUGGUUCUACUGCGCAGUUAGAUUUAUCUUCGCCGCCACGUCAUCGUCAUUCUGAAGAAUUCGGGGGCGGCGCUUCCUGCACCGACAUCAACACACUGCUGACAGCGGCAAAUAGCAAUGCUCUCGCACGACGCCCUUUGCUUAGUAGAAGCCAGGUCUACAACAACCUCUGGAGGACGCCUACUUGUGGAACUUCUUCUUACGCAGCCACGACGCUGGAUCAGCGAAUGCAAACCCGGUACCAGCGCGGCAAUAUUUUUGCGGAACAAAACGAUGAAGGCGAACAACAGCCACUCUUUAUGAAGACCGGCUACGGCUCUCGCGACCUGCUUACGGUGGAAUCCCAGCAAUUUGCGUUUCUGCGCACGGCUGUGGUCGCGGCGAUGCAGCAUCUGCAGUACCACGAGGAGGACGAACGUGGGCCACAGAAGUGCGACUCCACCACAAUCGAAGCCAGGAGACCUGCUAACAGUGAAGGCCGAACUUCCCCUGCGUUUUCCUUGCGAGAAGGGGAAGAUUAUAACCCGUCGCCAUUCCUCCACCACAGCGAGCAAGCAAAACAAAGCUCCACACUACAUGAUAAGGGCUCUCCAUGCCAGCAAGACCUCCGCAAGGUCGGCACAGGUGGUACUGCUACAAGCUGCCUAGUAGACGAGGUUGGCAAGAAGAACUCUGAAUCUCUUCACAGCAGAAACUGGGAAGACGACGAGCAAGAUGGUGUUGACAACAUCUGCCGAAUUUGUUCCAACGUGGCAGAUGACCGGGAACAAGUAGCCCGAGCUGCUGAGAAGCGCGAGCAGUUUCUGAAACUGGUCCAAAAAUGGUACAAUCUGCUGAGUACGAACAAGAUUCAGCUGACUGUUGUUGAAGAACUCCUGGAAGAAGAUCAUGUUGCACUAGAUGAGAUUGAGAUUGAGAACGACGAGGACAAAAGAUAUCAUCAGACGAGGACCCCCAACAUGGAAGAAGAUCAGAAGCAAGCGAACGGGACGAACAACACAGAAGAUGAACAAACAAGCUGCUACUCUCGUCUAUCACAACCACCCGUUGUACCCCCUCAACUUCAACAUCAACAGUCGGCGCAGGAGCUAAUCGGCACAGCGUAUGUGAAUCUGCUGUCGUUUUUGCGGCACGCGAGGCCAACGGAUGAACUGGCUCUGAACAGCGCCAGCCCCCCGCGGCCGGUCUUCGCAGCAGCAGGAGCUGCGACGAGAACAGUACCCCCUGCUGUGAUGUCCUCUUCGACCACGGCUUCUGUUGCAGGAGCUGCCCCGGUAAUAUUGUUUCGCUACGAUUUAGCGGACUUGGUAGAUGCCACGAAGCAAGCAACGCUGUUGCUGACGGCGCUGCUGAAUGUCGAGCACUCGAGUUGGAAAGUGGUAGAAAAGACUCCUUUUGAAACGUGUUGUCACCAUCGAGAACAUCCCGGCUUCGCUUCUUGCGGUCGUGGAGCCGACUUCCACUCCGAAGCUACUUCGGCGAGUGAGCCACUAAAUGAACAACCCCGCUCAAGAACAACAGCAUCGCAAUGUGAAGAGCAAGAAUGUGGAGGCGGAAUAAGCAAAAUCAGGAUCAUCGGCACGCACGUGAACGAAGUGGCAGCUCGGGUGAACGUCGAGAAUGGUAUUCCUGGCAAAAUCAAAAACGCAGGCCGCUCUGGAGGCACAGCACAGACUGACAAACAAAAUCCUAAGAACUUUUCCUCCGGGACAUCGAGUGGAGGCUUUUACGCCAAGAUCGGCAGCGGAACAAAUAUCGAUCCCAACAUGCGGGAGCCACUUCCAACACGGGCGAUGGAUGCGGAGCUGGCUUUGCUGGACGUGCUGGAGAAGCAUUUUUUGCGCGGAAUUGACCUAGCUCAGGAGGUGGAAGUACGAGAGAGGACGUUUGUUCGUGCGACUUGCAGAGCAGCCGUUCCUACAGUGGAGGCAUCCAGGGAACUACAGCGACGAGACCUACUUGUGCCGACGUUUUUAGACCACGGAGCGAUGGAUAAUUUUCUCACGCGCGGAGCUUCAUCGAGCAGCGCAAGCUCAGGCAGGAACAAAGCAAAAGCAAGUGCGACCAAGCUCUCUCCACCAGAACCAGGACCAGGAGCACGAACAGUAGAAUCACAAUCAGAAACAAGCGCCACUCCAACACAGUGGAGCAGCGCCUACAGGUACCAACCCUUCAUGUUCUCCCUCUGGCUGGCAAAGCCGAAGGAGCAACAAGGACAACAUGCCGUCGAGUCUAGAAGUCCUAUUGAUGACUUUGAUGCGUCUACAAAUUCUAUCGCACACCCUAGCCAGAGAGCCGCGCAAGAAUGUGGCGUGGCGCUCGAUGUCGCCGAACAAGGCAAGGAAAAUGCACUAAGGCCCUUGCUUCGCUUUUUACCAUCAAAGGCUACUUCCAGAAGUUGUUCCGCGACGGGUAACUCUUCCCCGAUGUUGACGAAGUCACAACUCGCAUCGGAUCCGGCUGCCCAGCAUAAACGAACAAGAAACACUGCCGCCAAACAACAAGAAGCUGCUGGCGUUGCAGACGAUGCAACUACGCCGUCGACAUGCGUGGACUCAACCUUGUCAACUCCGGAAAGCACGCCGAGUACCGCAGCCAGUCCUGGUUUUUAUGUAAACGCGCAGCAGGAGGUUGGUCCUGGUCGUGGCAGCGACGGGAAAUUUUCCUGGCACUUGUCAUCGACAUGCUGCGACGAGGUGGACAAGCCGUGGUUUGGAAUGGAUUCUGGCGACCCGCACGAUAAAGGUGGCUUGGCUUCAACUUCAGCAAACAAAAAACUAUUCCAUGCCUCAUCUUCCCCUAUCCGCCGCGAACAGUAUGGCGCCAUUAGCAUAGAUCGCAACACUGCGUUGGCACAUCAUGUGGCUGCUGAUUCUAGCCAUGAUUUCCACUCGAAUGGUAUGGACCUUCAGUUGCUUGCUCCUCUACGAAGGUUAUCAUCAUCUUCAGCCAGAGCGACACACUAAGGUGCUGCUUUUACUUUACAUACAAAUUGACACUAGUCAUGCAUGACUACAGAUCUAGCCUAGUAUCAUGCAUGCUCUUGCUCAUACUAUGCUGUACAAAAUUGACGUUGUAGCUUCAAGUUGAUCGAACCUUUCUUGACUGUCAAACGCAGAGGAACCUCCAGAGUUCGAGUUUGUAAAUGAACCCCAGCAUCUACAUCUUCACACAAGAAAAAAAGAAGAAAAAACUGGAGGUGUGCGCACAGAUGAAUCAAUUACUCACCAUCUUCCAUAA